AUGAGCUUCCGAUUUCAAUGUUUCUACCACCCUGUCACCCACCCGUCCCCCUUGACUGCCAGGGACCUCGUGGGUGGCACUGGCAUGCACGCAUGUCUGCAGCGAAUGGCAGACGCCCACAGGAGGAGGCGCUUCCUGCUGGGCCACGAGGGCAGGCGCCUGCUGCUACGGCUGGCAGAUGAACCCUCGCUGCUGCCGCCCAUGCUGCAGCUGGUGCUGGCCGUGCUGGCCCUGCUGCGAGCUGAGGUGCACUGGGCUAUACUGCACACCUCCUGCCUCGCACAAUCAGCCCCUGUCACGGGCCCAGAGGCAGACUCAGUGGCAGUGCUGGUCGACACCAUGUUCCGCCUCGUCUCCCUCAUUCAGACCCACUUGCUUGCCAUCCAGGCGCAUGCAUCGUGGCAGGUGCAGUGGGGAGCAAGGCGGGUGAGAGAGCUGAUCGUGCUGCCAGCUGUGCGCCAGCUGGCGAUGAGCGCCCAGCUGGAGGCCUUCUUCCACGACACAUCAGCGUCCAUGCUGGCAGCCGCCCGGUUCCUGUGUGAUGCUGAUGUGGCAUGUGCUGGCAGUGGCAGUGGCGGCGGGAGCAGCAUAGACUAUAACGAACGGAUGCAGAUGCACGCUCUGGCAUGCGACCAGCUGGCAUGGCACAGCAUCAGAAGUGAGUGGAUGCAGCUGCAGCUGCUGCUCUCGUCGCCCUUCACGACGGUGUCAGCGAGAGUGCUGCAUCUGGUGUCGGGGGGGGAUGAUGGGCCCACCAGCAUCGUCACAGAGUGCAACCGCCUCUAUGUGUGGUGCAGGUGCAUUGAUGAGCUGCCAGAGGUGGUGGACGAGCAAGCCUCUUUGCACCUCAUGUGCUACUAUCGGCCGCAGAUGACCCAGGUGUUUCGCCAGGUGCUUUUCUCCCCUCACGGCACGCCAUCACACGCCGUAGGAUGGCUCAUGGUGGCGCAAGCUUUCCUGCACAACCUGCCACUCUCCCUGCCAGACGAGCGCCCCACGCUCCUGCCAACAGCAGUGCAGUUCGCCGACUCGCUACUACACGCCAUCAUGGGAGGAGUGGACUCGCUUCUCUCGGCGCUACAGUCGGACCAGGGGCUCACUGGGCUGCACAUGAAGACGCUACCAGCAGCAGCAGCAGUCCUAAUGGCAACCACCACUCAAGGCACAUCCGCUCACCACCAGUCACUCACUCAUCCCUCAACAGAUCAACAGCACCAGCUGCUGCAGCUUCUCCCAGGGAGCGAAAGCCAGCCGCACAACCGAGCACACGUUGCUGGCAUAAGCGCAUCACUGCACAAGCUACUGGGGCUCGUGUCAGCCAUUGACAGCCUGCCACCUGUCAGAGUUGCCGACCAUGCCUUCGUGCCCCGAGAGUACCUGCGGGAGCGCCUCACCCGCCACUUGCACCACCUCCUGCGCUCUGCCAUUCUCCCCAACGGCCACCUGCAGCGCCCCUCCGCCUUCGAGUCCUGCCUCACUCGCUUCCUCCUCCUCCUCCUGCUCCUGCAGCAGCACUGCUCCCUCGACCUCUCUCGAACAAUCCGGGAGGUUCUUCUGGCGGAGGCGUUUCCUAGGAGGGGCGGGGGGAGGGCGGAGGAGAUGGGGGAAGGGGAAAGGGCUGGGAGGGGAGAGGAGGGGCAUGGGGAGGAGGUUUAUGAGGAGCAGGUUUUGGGAGGCAGCAGGGACUUACAUCCGCUGUAUCGGCCUGAGUGGGAGCGGGAGAAGAUUGGGGGGAUGGGAAGGGGAGGUGGGGGAGGGGUGAGGAAGGUAGAGGGAGGAGUGGGAGUGGGGGCGGGAGGAGCGUGGGAUGGGGAAAGGGGGAAAAGGGGUGGGAUGGAGAGAGGAGAGGUGGGGAGAGGAUGGGAGGAGAGAGGAGGGAUGCAUGGCAAGGCAGUGUCAAGCUCGUUGGAUGCUAGGCUGAGGAAGAGUGGUGUGGAGGAGAACAGUAUAGAAGAGGAGGGUCUAGAAGUGAGAGAUGGUGGGAAUGGAGUGGUUGGAGGACAGGGGAAAGGUUCUGGGCAAGUGCAGGAGGAAGGAGGAGAAGGAGGGGGGUUUGGGUGGAGUGAAGAUGGGGUUGUUGGUGGUGGUAGGGGUGAGAGCUUUGAUGGUCCGAGUGCUGCUGUGAUUAUAGCGCGAUGGUACGUUGACAAUGUGGUGUGUGACUGUAAUGAUGCCGGGGUGCUGUUCUCCCCGUUUGACGCCACGUUUAGAAGCACAGCAUGGGCUGGAGGCGUGGCAUCUGCAUCAGCAGCAGACGUUGCAGCAGGAGGAGGAGAAGAAGGGGCAGCGGCAGGCACCACCAGCAGCAGCAGUCCAGUCAAACCUGGAACAGGAAUUCUCCCACCUGGUCAUCUCACUCCUCCUGUGGCCUCCUCUCCUGCACUUGUCCCAGGAGCAGCAGCUGCAGCAGGCGCGUUCAGCCCCCUCCUGCCUUUCCCCAGCCCCAAUCCUUCUCUCGCUACUCCUCCCACUUCCUCCUCCAUCUCCUCCGCCUCUCCGUCCUCCUCUGCCUCCACCUUUCCAUCCUCCUCUGCUGCAUCCCCGUUCACUGCUGCGUCCCCUCAGACUGGUGUAUUUGUGCCUUCGAUCCUUGCCGCCUCCCCCAUCUCCCCAAUCCUCGCGUCACCCAAUUCACUGCCCCCUGGUGCAGCAUCUGCUGCUGGAUUAGUAGCAGCGGGGGCAAUAGGAACAGACGCAGCAGGAGGAGCAGGAGGAGCAGGAGGAGGGGGACGGGGAGCAGCAGGAGCAGGGGGGGAAGCAGGGGUUGGGGCUCGGCCGGUGAUUGCUGAGCUGGUGGCGGAUGGUGCUGAGCUGGCAGCGUUUGUGAGGCUGUUUGGAUUCUACGGCGCAGAUGAGCUGGCAGGGCGGGUGGUGCGGCCGGUGCUGCUGCGCCUGCUGAGUCGCCUGGAAGCCAUUCUGAGGGCCAACCUCCUGAGAGAUACCGCCUCCCACCUCCCUCCCUCUUGUCCCGAGAGUGUGGCUGUAGGGCAGUUGAGGCGGGUUGCUGCGAGGUGUGGGGUGGGAGGAGGGGCAGCGGGAGCUGCGGCGGUUGCGGCGGGUGGGGCGGUGGUUGCGAGUGGGAUGGGGGGCGCGGGGGGGAUGGCGGGGGUCGGGGGAGGGGGAGGAGAGGAGGAGGUGGGCGGAGGGGGAGGAGGGGCGGAUGGGACGUUUGCAGAGGUCCUAGAACUUCUGAUGGAGAUAGGAGGAGUGGGGGACGGAGCUUGGGCCAUGCUGCCCUUUCUGUUUGCUAUCAUGCUGGGAGGGGAGUCAUGGGAAACCUGUGUAUACCUCCCGGAAAUACAGGGGUUUUCGGAUAAUACCAACUCUUUGAUUCGGGCUAUACACGUGCUUCUGGUGGGGUGCGAGCGAGCAGGGGCAGAGAGAAGAGAGUUGAAACGAGAGCUGCUAGCCCAGCAGCGGAUCAUGAGAGGAUCAAAUCGCAACUCGGAGGAUUACGCUGAUGACGACGAGCCGACCGACCUGGUCCGGCUGGCGGGCGGCGUGGCCGGCAUGAUGCGGACGUUUGUGCAGCACGCGGCGAGUUUCGUCCUGAAUUUCUGGGAUAAGGGCCCUAGGGGAGCGUGGGCUUCAAGAGUUAUCUUCUUGGAUCAGCUCUGUCUCUUCUCCCCCCAUCUGCCUCGAUCGGUGUUGGAGAACUACCUUCCCUACACACUCAUCCUUCCUGCUGCUUCUUCCACGGGAGCAGGAGAUGGGAGGACUCUACUCUCCUCCAUCCCCUCCUCCUCUCCCCUCUUCCCUCCCCACACUCGUCCAUCGGGCCCGUUUGCUGCAAGAAAGCAGUCCACCUUCCCGGUGACUUUUGAGUCGACUCAAAAAUCCACCUUCCCGGUGACUUUUGAGUCGACUCAAAAAUCCACCUUCCCCUCACUCUCCCCCGAUCUCACCUUACCUGCCGCUUUCUCCAACCAAGUGCAGCUGUCAGCUACAGGACAGGAAUUGCCGGCCAGCACGGAUCCCCAACAGUCACAUCUGUCACAGUCACAGCAGCUGCAGUCACAGCUGCAGCUGCAGCUGAGAGCAGCAGAGGGCGGCAGCGGGAAUUUAGAGCAGUUGGAGGCGCAGUUGGAGGCGUUAGAGCAGCAGAGGCCAGCAUAUGCAUCGUCCACGCUGCUGGAAAUGGCACAGAGCUUCGAAACGCCCCAGCAAAACGCGUCUGCCACAGUGGCAGAAAGGAGUGGGGGGUAUGGGGGCCAUGGGGGGAGGGGAGGCCGAACCCCCACUGCCGCUGCUGCAGCUGCUGUAGCCGCCGCUGCUUCUGCCGGGCAGAAACAGGAGCAGGAGGAGGAGCAGGAGGAGGAGGAGGAGGAGGAGGAGGAGGAGGAGGAGGAGGAGGAGGAGGAGGAGGAGGAGGAGGAGGAGGAGGAGGAGGAGGAGGAGGAGGAGGAGGAGGAGGAGGGGGAGCAGGAGGCGCAGCAGCGAGACCAGCACCGGCAUCGCCAGCAGUGGUGGCGGCAGCAGCUGCUGCUGCAGCAUCCGAGGCAGGUGCGAUCUGGGCCGUUGAUUUCGGGUGCAUCGCACGAGCAAAUGGACGUUGGAGAUGCUGCGAUGGGUAUGGUCAGAACUGCAUCCUCUCACCCCUGUGGGAUCUCUGCGGCUGGUGUUGGUGUUGAUGGUGCUGCUGGUGUUACUGGUGGUGCUGGUGGUCCUGGUGCUGCUGCCGCUGCUGGUGGUCCUGGUGCUGCUGCCGCUGCUGGUGGUCCUGGUGCUGCUGCUGCUGGUGCUGUUGAUAGCACAGGUGAUGCAGAUGGUGACUGGGAGUACGGUGCAGAUGGGUUCGACCAGUUUGGGGACGGUGAUGACUUCUCUCCGGCAGACGUCUUUGCUGAAAUCGGCCGUGCUGCUGCUGCUGGCAGUGGCAACAGCGGGGGCGAAGGGGCCUGGGAGAGGCACAACCAAGGGCCAGCUGGUACAGGAGGAGCAGGACGAGAAGGGUCAGUCGUGUCUGGUGCUGAUGCGGCUGAUGCUGCUGCUGCCCGUCGCAUGCCUGCAGCACGGAUCAAAGCGGCUGUGCUGUCGGCUCUGGGGCAAGCCCUGCCGUUGCAGCAGCGGCAGCAGCAGCUGCAGCAGGCCUCGUACCCCCAUCCCUCCAAGCAGCAGCAAGACAAGAAGGCGGCAUGGCAGCAUUACAACGCGCCAGCAGCAGCAACAGCCGCAUGGGAACUGCUGCUACAACCAUUUCCACCCACGGUGCCACCCCAGGAAAUCAUCUCCACUCCUUGGAACCGCGCAAGCUUCCCUUACCUCCCUUCAUCUUCUUCUUCUUCUGCUGCUGCUGCUGCUCGUUCCUCCUCCCCUGCUCCUGCCGCCGCACCUGCUCCUGGUGCUGCAUCGUCCCCCCGUCCCUCUGCUCCUGCUGCUGCUGCUAUAUCUGCACCUCCGCUUGCCUCUGCUCCUGCUGCUGCAACAGCAGCCUCUCCUCGUGCCUCGGGUUUCCUGAGGAGGAUAGACGUGGUGGGGGUGGAGAGGCUGGGGUUGCAUGAGCUGGACGCCAAGGUGCUGGGGCUGAAGAGCCUGAACAUCCCCAAGGGGAAGGACCGCACAGAGGGUGAGGUGUUUGAUGAGGAAGCUCCUGUUGUAAAGGGGGGUGGGAAGUGA